UGCUGAACCUGACUCUGAUCGACCUCCCGGGUAUCACCAAAGUGCCGGUGGGUGACCAGCCGCAGGACAUCGAGUACCAGAUCAAAGACAUGAUCCUGCAGUUCAUCAGCCGCGAGAGCAGCUUGAUCCUCGCCGUCACGCCGGCCAACAUGGACCUGGCCAACUCCGACGCCCUCAAACUGGCCAAAGAAGUCGAUCCUCAAGGCUUGCGGACGAUCGGCGUGAUCACCAAGCUGGACCUGAUUUUUUUGACGAAGGCCCCGACGCCAGAGACGUGCUGGAGAACAAGCUGCUGCCUUCACGAAGAG